AGGAAUGACCCCGGAUUCAGUUUCAACCUCAGCCUCAGCAGUCUCAGCAAAGAAACAGGAACGGAGUCCAUUCUGGUGUCGGCAUCCUCCACAGAGGAGGAUCCCGUGUCUCUUCUGCAACAGCUGUCUCAGCGGCUGGGUCACCUCCCAUCAUACAUCCAUGCAGGCACGGACAAUCCGCGUACACCACACGAAACACACAGAGUGAGGGUGUACGUGGGCGGCAGGAGGAUGGGCACGGGCAUGGGGCGCUCUC